UUGGGACUGCGAAGUGGAGAAAACUGGCAAAUAGCCAAUGGCAUGACGGGAGAAAAAAUGGCGUCAAACGAACAGCAGGAAGUACUGGCCGGUAUCGCCGAAAGUCGGGGCUACACCUUGGAAAUGCACGGAAUAAUGGCCGCCGCAGAUCCGGCAUGGGUCGAAAAAUACAAUGGGUUCAUCGAGGCCACCUACACCGGCGAGCGCACCCUCGACCGCAAGACAAAGGAGUUGCUCCAAGUGGCUGUGGAGGCCGCUCUGCGUGCCGACGUCGACCAGAUCCAGGCCCACGUCCGCGUCGCCCUCCGCGAGGGCGCGACCCCCACCGAAAUCCUGGAGGCGCUCCAGUGCGUUGCCAUGCCAAUGGGAGGCUUGGCAUUUCGCCGUGGACUCCAGGCCUGGGCCGCCGAGACGGGGUUUAACCCUGAGGGUUAG